AUGCAGUUCGAAUCCGACUUUCGGUUCGACAUGGACGACGGCUUCAGCAUGUGCAGCCAGGCCAUGUCGUGCCCGUCGACGGGCACCAGCUUCUCGUCGGCCUCGUCGGCCUACGAAGCCUUCACCCCGACCUCUCGACGAUCAACACCCAACGAGCUCACUCUCGACUUUGAUGGCACUGCAUUUGCCAGCUCCCAUCCUGCAGAGCUCACAUCGCCCUCGCACAGCAUGUCUAAGUAUAUGUUCGGUCCCGUCAAGAGCGAGCCGGAGCACAUCUCCUUCUCCAAUGGGAUGCCCACCACCCCUAUCAAGAAGAUGGACGGCAUGGCUACUCCCGACUACGACCACAUGCUCGAGAUGAACAUGGCAUCACAACACUCAAUGGGCUCCGUCACUCCUUCCGGACCCUAUCCCAUGUACACCAUCUCCCCUCAGACGGCCAUGGGCCCGACGUCCUUUAUGAUGACUCCGACGCACAGCCUCUCUGGGUCCGAGGUGGCUGAAUCCUCCUCCUCGUGGUCGUGUGCCAAUGACAGCCCCAUCUCCUUCUUUCCGCACAAGAGCUUGGGCUCAAACGACAUGGAGGCUCUGGAUAUGGAGCGGCAUUCCCAGUCCCCUCUUGAGAGGUAUCACCUUCAGGGGCCGCCAUCACCUGGGCGCCUACGGGCCCAUCGUAAGAUGAUGGUUCAUGAGAUUCAACGCAAGACAACAGAGCUGCAGAGGGCUCAGAUCCGGGCAACAAGGAAAGUCUCGAGCCAGAGCGACAGUGCUCCCGUCGACGUGGUACGACGGGCCAUGUGCAAGUGUGACUACCCCGGGUGUCACAAGGCGUUUCGCCGCAACGAGCAUCUCAAGCGCCACAAGCAGACCUUCCAUGGCGAAGGACCCAACCGCUUCUCCUGCGAGUUCUGUGGUAAGGAUCAGUUCAACCGCCAGGACAACCUCAACAACCACCGCAAGCUGCAUGCCAGGCCGAACAGCAGGAACCGUGGGGUCGAAUUCAUCCCGGCAGCCGUGCCGGUCAUUGAGCAGGAAGAACGCAGCCGGAAGCGACGCGCUCCACCAAAGUCCAAGACAGCUGAGAAGCGGGGCGAUGAUUUCUGA